AAUAGAAUGAUGAAAAAGCACGUAUGUGUUUUGUAGUGGUGGUUUAACGAAUUAUUACACGGAUUAAUUGGAAUGAAUGAGGUGACUGGUGAAGCCUACUAUCGGACUGUCCGUGAACGCAGCACGCCUGCGGGUGUAAUGAUGAUGUUCCAGCGAGGCAGGCAGCAGUUAAACAUGGCAAGCCGCAGCGAGCAGUCACUGAGCCGGCAGGCGCAGGACCAACACUAACCAGUGCAAGCGCUUCCGCCAGCUGUUCUCUACCGCCUUCUCUUUCAUCACAUCCAGACUAUUUGAAGUGGCGGAAAAGAGAAGAAGAGGGACGCGGAAGGAUGGAGAUAGAGAAGCGGGAGAACGGGUUCGACUACCCGGAGAGAAACAACGCCAAGUCCGUUCCCGGCUUUUAUGGGGAGCCCACAUUGGAAGCUGAACAAAAUGACAGCAUGGAUGACCCAGCUGAGCAGCGCACCUGCCUCAUCUGUGGCGACCGAGCCACCGGCCUGCACUACGGCAUCAUCUCCUGCGAGGGCUGCAAGGGCUUCUUCAAGCGCAGCAUUUGCAACAAGCGCGUGUAUCGAUGCAGCAGGGACAAGAACUGCGAGAUGUCGCGCAAACAGCGCAACCGCUGCCAGUAUUGCCGCCUGCUCAAGUGUCUCCAAAUGGGGAUGAACCGCAAAGCAAUCAGAGAGGACGGCAUGCCGGGAGGGAGGAACAAAAGCAUCGGGCCCGUUCAGAUCACGGAGGAGGAGAUUGAGCGCAUCAUGUCCGGCCAGGAGUUCAAAGAGGAUGCCCCGGAGCACACGUGGGGCAACAACGGCGACAGCGACCACAGCUCUCCCAGCAACGGAGCCUCCGAGGGCAACCAGCCGUCACCCGUCUCCACGCUGUCCUCCAAUCGCUCCAUGGAAAUGAACGGCUACACGGCGGCCCUCAGGGACCAGUACAUCAACACCUCCAUGUCGACACACUACCAGCUGUUGCCGCAUCUCUUCAGCUACGCCGCCCAGUCCGGCCUGCUGGCCCCCCAGCCCCGCAGCUUGUACCCGCAGUCCCACCCGCUGGUGCUUCAGCUGGUGGCAGCGGAAGACCUGGCGCCGCUGGCCACCCCCAUGCUCAUAGAAGAUGGCUACAAGGUGACACAGGUGGAGCUGUUCGCCCUGCUGUGUCGUCUGGCGGACGAGCUGCUGUUCCGCCAGAUCUCGUGGAUCAAGAAGUUGCCUUUCUUCUGUGAACUCUCCAUCGAGGACUACACCUGCCUGCUCAGCUCCACCUGGCAGGAGCUCAUCCUGCUCUCCUGCCUCACCAUCUACAGCGCCCAGAUCUUUGGCGACUUGGCUGACGUCACCGCCAAGUACACGCCCUCGGACGAUGAGCUGCAGGGUUUCAGCGAGGACGGCAUGGAGGUGAUGGAGAGGCUCAUAUAUCUGUUUCGUAAGUUCCACCAGUUGAAGAUCAGCAAUGAAGAGUACGCCUGCAUGAAAGCCAUCAACUUCCUAAAUCAAGAUAUCAGAGGACUGUCCAACAUCUCUCAGCUUGAGCAGCUGAACAAGCGCUACUGGUACGUGUGCCAGGAUUAUACUGAGUAUAAGUACCCGCACCAGCCUAAGCGAUUCCCUGAGAUCAUGAUGUGUCUGCCAGAGAUCCGCUGUAUAGCAGGGAAGCUGGUCAACGUCCCACUUGAGCAGCUCCCUCUCUUGUUCAAAGCAGUCUUGCACUCCUGCAAAUCAAGCCUGACCAGCUACAGGACUGGCCCGUCACCCUGCGUGACCGCCUCCUCGGGAAACUAGAGGCCGCCCUGACCCCACACACCCCCAACCACCCUACGGCGAGGGACCGGUCGCCCCUCCUUGUGAAUGUGACAAGCAGCUAGUUUGUUUUCUUUGUUCUAUUUAUUACACGACAGAGCUGAAUGUAUGCUGAUUUACACUGUGCACAUGCUUCUGUACAAAACAAAUGCUCGUAGAUGCAUUGGUCUUUGGAGUUUACAAGUGUGUAUCCAGUUUUGCUCGACGUGUCAGUGUUGCCAUUGCUAGAGCUAGACUUGAAGAAGAAAAAAAAAGAGUUUAUUUUAUUCAGACGGGGGCGGAUAGACGCGAGUGUUUUUAGACUACCUCAGGAAGAUGUUGUUGCUAUUUUUGUGGUGUUGAUGAAGAGUUGCCCAGUCUAACACAAACUCCCAGUGGAUGCCUCGGUCACGGUGUUUUUACGACACUGAACGUAGAAAAUCCAGCGACUUUAUCUGCUUGGACUUUUUGGACAUUCCGCUUACGGGAGGCGGUCUUGUCAGUGUAACAUUCCACGAGUUAAGGUGACGGCUAUUUGGAUCUUUGCGAUCCUCGGAAAAAGGAGUAUACGGGUAUUUUUUACAAUCGUAGACUGGGGAUGUAAGGUUUUAUUGCAAGGGUAUGGGAGGGUAUCUAGGUUUGUUGUAUUGUUUUUGACCAAAGUGUUAUGCAAUGCUUUUUGUUUUUUUGUUUUUUCCCCCCCUCCAAAUGCCCUUUUACGGGCACGACUAAAACAAAAAUCUUGUCGUUGAAGGAUCGGGGAUAAGAAACGAAUCAGUCUCCGUCAGAGGGAGACCUAGCCAGACUUCCCCCGGGGGAAUGCUGCUAAACCUGCGCGCAUGUUUACAUUCAGCAGGCGUGGUUCUGGGCUAGCUAGCUCAUAUCGACCGUCAUGGCCUAGUCGAGACACGGGGAUGUCGGACUUUUUUUUUUCAAUUUUUUUUUUUUUAUCAGGUCCCGCCAGGUCCAAUCAUGCUUUUGCACAGACCGAGAAGCAGAUUUAGGUGAGACCUGACCUGAACGCUGUCUCGGGUUGUGAGUUUUAAUCGGGAGCGCUGACUCCACGGACGAAGCGAGUACUGUAACGUCAGCAGAUAAUCAGCUGGGUGAGAUUGAUGCAUUUUUGGUGACUUGACCUCUGGUGCUUGCUCUCUGUGACAAAUAUGCACAUUGUUGUAGAACAUGGUCCUUUAUCUUUGGACUACGAGACGAUGACGUCAAAGUAUCGUCUUUGAUUCCUCAAGUUUUUGUUUUUUGUUUUUAUGAUCCGCUUGGUGAUGUGCAACCAUUAGAAAUGCAGACAAAAAUGCAGUCAUUGCAAAGACUCUCGUUUUUGCAAACGGACGGUGAGGUUCAGAGACCGUGAGCCACGGCCCACCCGCUGUGUUCUGCUCUCAGGCCCGCCCGGCCUGGAUGGAAACAGGGUAUUAAGUGAGUGUUAAGUACUGCAUUCAGGAGUUACUCAGAGACCGCGCUCAAGUGCUUGUUGUGUUGGUAGACUUAGGACAGGACGUAGUAGGUCCUCUGUAGACAAAAGAUGUUUUCCCUUUUCACUUGAUUUGCGCCGCCCGCGCGCCCAGUUUGAAAGAGAAACACUCGGCCAGAAUUUAUCUGCUCGGUAUUUCUCUUUCCAACGUUCAAUUAGCCUCCUUUCAUCUUUUGAUUUUUAUGCCUUUUCAUGUACCUAUGUAGUUCUUGUGAAUGUUUUGGGUUUUUGUUAUACUUCCUGUAUUCUUUUUGUUUUUCUUGGCAUGAGGAUGAGUCCUCAUUCCCGACAUUUGUUGACUUGAUUUAAAAUGCAUUCCCGUUGUGCACGGCGACUCGUGAAAGUGCUACUCAGGAGAUGCGAUGUCAGACAAAACUUUCAUGCGACAUCUUGGACUCUUCUGUGGUAUUUGAUAUGCUAUGUUCCAUGCUACCGACCGGCGUUAACCCAUAAGAACCCAGACCCAAUUAUGCCUCAAGAAUAAAGUGGAAGACUUUUUUAUAUGAAUAAGAACAUCCAUGGACAAUUUCAAAACAUCUCACAGGUCAAUUCGGAAUCACUUACCGAUUCUCGCAAUAUUUGGUAAAUAUACAGGGGAAACUCAAAAAGUUUGAAUAUGGUGUAAAAGUCCAUUAACAGUAGCAGUUCAACUUCAAAUGUCAAACUAAUAUGUGAUAUAACCUCAUUACAUACAGAGUGAAAUAUAUCAAGCUUCUACUGAUCAUUUUAAUGAAUAUGGCUUACAGUUUUUGAAAACCCAACAUUUUCUGACAUUUAUAAUUUAAUCUUUUCAUAAGCUGUAAGCCAUAAUCAUCAAAACAAUAUCAAAAUAAGUAUAGAAAUAUCUUGAGUUGCAUGUUAUGAGCUUAUGUCAUAUACCGUAUUUUCCCGACGAUAGACCGCACCAAUAAAUAAGUUGCACCCACAAAAUUUGUUUUCCAUAUAUUAGCCGCACCGGACUUUAAGCCGCAGAUAUAUACGUUGUGAAAUUAGUUAUUUACACAGAAAUAUUCUCUAAAUGUUUAUUUAAUUGUUUCCAAACGGCGUCUGUAACAUGGCAGUAAAACGGCUGAUCAAACAAAACAGAAGUAAUCGCCAUGGACUCACUUGCUGCGGAAGCUAGCUCGCCAAUCAGCUAAACAGUCUCAAUAACUCCUCUGACGUUUUGGUGAAUUUACUGAGGAAUUUGUGAAACUGAAACAAUACAAAAAAAAUGCAGUUGUAAGUUGAUAAUACUAACAGACACUUGGGAAUGCGUUAGCACAUUUGCUAAUGCUAACGACGCUAGCGUCAUUACAUUACUAUAGUACGUACAAAUAUGCAUGAAAACAGUCCUACAGACAUCACACAUGGGAUGGUUUAGUAAGUAAGAAUUGUUGUAGUUACCGUAAUUUCCGGACUAU